GUGGCAUCGGGUGGCAUCAUCGUGCCAUGGCCUGCCCGCCGGACGAACCCUGCCAGCCCAUGGCCCACCAGGAGCUGGAGAAGCAGUAUUCGCCGUCAAGAUGGUCCCCCCGGAUGGACGGAGAGGCGGUGGUUGAAGCCCAUGUCCGAGAGAUCAGAGAGGCAACCGAGAAAGCCCAGGCUGGUCCUGAUGUGCUCCUGAACGUUGCCUAUGGAGAUGGUGAGGGGGAGAAGAUGGACAUCUACUUACCUCCCAAUGCUUCCGGAGCUUUCCCCCUUUUCCUGUAUAUCCACGGGGGUUACUGGCAGCUUUUAAGCAAGGAUGAGUCGGGCUUCAUGGCCACCCCACUGAGGUCAAAGGGCGUGGCGGUAACCGUGGUGGAUUAUGACAUCGCGCCCAAAGGUGACAUGGAUCUGAUGGUGGCCCAGGUGAGACGCAGUGUUGUUUUCCUGCAGAGGAGGUACCCGGGCAACAGCGGCAUUUACCUGUGCGGGCAUUCAGCCGGCGCACACCUGGCAGCCAUGGCGCUCUUGACGGACUGGACCGACCUCGGCCUUCGGCCCAACCUGAAAGGUGCUUUCCUGGUGAGUGGGAUUUAUGAUCUGGAGCCCAUCCUGAACCUCUACGUGAAUGACAAGCUCCACAUGACCCGGGAGGUGGCGAGGCGGAACAGCCCCCAGCUUCGCGUGCGGAUGGUGAAGCGCAAUGCUGGAACCUGCGAGGUGAAAGUGGCCCUGGCCCAGUACGACUCCCCGGAAUUCCGCCGCCAAUCCCGGGAAUUUUUCGAGGCUCUGCGCUCGGCGGGGUGGGCGGUCUCGUUGGAGGACAUCGCUGGCGUCGAUCACUUCGACGUGGUGGAGAAGCUGCAAUGGGAGGAUUACGUCCUGACUCAGAUCAUCCUGGAGACCAUUUUCCGGGGGCCGCCUUUGAAUCGGGAAAAGGGAGAUGUGUAAUGGGGCAUGUGGGACAGGGACUGUGCCAACCCGAUUUGCUUAUAACCACCCCGGCGCUUAGUACAGCGCCUGGCA